UCUUUUUGUGUGUAAACGAAAAAUCAACGGUACUCUUCUGCUGAGUAGCUAUAGUUAGCUCCAAUGGAGAAGAGUUUCCUACGAUCUGCUCUCUUUGUGACCUUGUCUCUCUUCUUCUUCUCCAUUCCAGUUUCACUCUCUGUUCCCUUCAUUCUGUUUCACGGAAUUAGAGAUCAAUGCUCUAAUGGUGGAGGCAGCAGCUUCACACAACUCCUUAGCAACCUCUCUGGCUCCCCUGGAUCUUGCUUAGAAAUAGGAAAUGGAAAUCAAGAUUCAGUGUCUAUGCCGCUUAUGCAACAAGCGAGUGUAGCCUGUGAGAAAGUUAAAAAGAUGAAAGAGUUGAGUCAUGGUUACAACAUUGUUGCACAGUCUCAAGGCAACUUAGUCGCUAGAGGACUAAUCGAAUUCUGCGACAAUGCUCCUCCAGUCUUCAACUAUAUAUCUUUAGGAGGUCCUCACGCUGGCAUAUCAGACAUCCCCAAGUGUACUUCUUCACUUUGCAAGUUGCUGAAAGCAGAGGUGUACACUGACUACAUUCAAGAUCAUAUUGCUCCAAGUGGUUAUAUCAAGAUCCCUACCGAAAUGUCAAAGUAUUUGGAACACUCCAAGUAUCUGCCAAAGCUCAACAACGAGAGACCUAACAAGAGGAACCCCAUUUUAAAAGACCGGUUCACUAGCUUACACAACUUGGUCCUCGUCAUGUUCCAGGGUGACACUGUAGUGAUUCCUAAAGAAAGCUCUUGGUUCGGAUUUUACCCGGAUGGAGCUUCCACACCUCUUUUGUCUCCUCAACAGACAAAGCUCUAUACUGAGGACUGGAUAGGUCUGAAAACCUUGGAUGCUGCCGGAAAAGUUAAGUUUGUCAGCGUCCCUGGCGAGCACCUCAGAAUGGCGCAAGAUGAAGUUGUAAAAUACGUCGUGCCUUACCUCAAGAAUCAGCCUGCAUUUUUCCUCUGAAUGCAGAUAUAACCUUAAUGCAAUGGAGACACUGCAUCCAUGAAUGAGACUUCAUUGCUCUGCUCUCUCCGAAACAAUUUUAAAAAGCUUCAUCAUGUACUGUAUAACGUUAGAGGCUACUUAUUCUCGAUCGCUUUUAAGUAUACAUGGAAAACUACAAAACUCAAUAAUAAAACUCGAUCAUGUUGAUGAGAUGAGGAAA